UAAUCUCUUAUAUUUACUACCCAACCAUUCUGUUUUUUACUAAAUUGACAAUACUGUUGUUUUAGUGUCUGAUGUAUACAUUUAAAGUUUACCUAAAUCAAUUCUAUUUUGCUAAGGCCCAAUGAUUCAGUUACAGAUGCAAGAUGUGAUGAUUUUAUUAAAAAACUUACACUGCUCAAGUAAGAUAUAUAAAUUACACUUGAGCACAAGAAAACCCAUCUUAAAUACGUUAAAUUUUGUUAAAUAACUAUAUCGUUAACACUUGAAUAACCACAAAACUCGAAAACCUUAUUGCAAAAACAUAGUUCCACCGAAGAUCAGUUAAGUUCCACCGAAGGUCAGUUAAAAAGCUGUUAGUAAAUUUCCUGAACGACAUACCAGCUAUCGGUUGCCACGGAUCCGCAUGUGCCGCGCUUACAUACGGUGUUGUGGGCAGUUGGCAUUGCGGCUGGGUGUGGCCGAUUCUAGUCUUCGGAGCUGCGUUGCCUGCUGCCGCUGAUAUUAUUGCUGCUGGUUCUGCUAUAUGCGCUCUCAGACGAUAGAUUAAUAUGUUUCCCACAAACGAGCAUCAACAGCUGACCAACAGCACCGAGUACAAGGGCGGAUGGUCUUUCUACUUAGUACUAGCUGGUGUCGCUACUACAUUAGGCUGCUCUCUACCCGUCGGCUACAAUAUUAGUGUCAUCAACACGCCUGCUGAGGUCCUCAAGAACUUUGUAAACGGGAGCGUGAUCGACCAUUACGAUGUGGUUGUUACUAAGAGCUGGAUGAAUGUGCUGUGGUCUUCGGUGGUCGCUAUAUUUAUCGUCGGUGGCUGCGCGGGUUCUAUACUUGGAGCUUCGCUGGCUGACAAGCUUGGCAGGAGAAUAGCGACACUUCUGACGACCGUGAUAUCGGUGGUUGGCGCCGUCCUGUUUCUAGUAUGUCAGGCUGCGAACUCUGUGGAGCUGCUCAUAUUGGGCAGACUCAUCGUCGGUCUAUCAGCCGGUCUAACCACGAGCAUUGUGCCAAUGUAUUUAGCGGAGUUGGCCCCAAUGGCCCUGGCGGGGGCCAUGGGGGUCGUGUGCCCCAUGGGGGUCAACGUCGGGGUGCUAGUGGGGCAGAUUAUGGGCCUUGACGUUAUUCUGGGUGAAGUUGACGAUUGGCCCUAUCUCCUUGCCGCCUAUGCUGUGCUAGUCAUUAUUUGUAUACCGGUUAUUUUUAUACUGCCAGAAAGUCCAAAAUAUCUUUACGUAGUUAAGAGGGAAGAGGAAACUGCUUUAAAAGAACUCAGCCGCCUCCGGGCCGUGUCCCCCAGCAUCCUCACGGAGGACCUGGAGCUCCUGCGGGAGGAGGCGCGCGCAGCAGCCGAGGCGAGCAGCCAGCCGUGGAGCAUGCUGCGCGUGCUGCGGGCGCCGCGCCUCCGGCUCGUGCUGCUGCUCACCUGCGCCAUGCAGGCUGGCCAGCAGACCAGCGGGAUUAAUGCUGUAUUCUACUACUCCGACAUAAUCUUCCGCGGCGCAGGCCUAUCUGCUAGAGGCUCCCAAUACGCCACCAUCGGCUGUGGAGCUAUUAACGUCUGCACAGCGCUGCUGAUGAUCAAGUUGCUGCCAAAGUUUGGACGAAGGCCGUUGCUGCUAGGAUCUAUAUUAGCGGCUGCUAUUUGUUUAGCUGCACUAGCUGUAUCUAUAAGAUUUUUGGUAAGUAAUUGUUACCCUGGUCGAUGAUUUUGACGCUAAACACGGUAUUUAGAGUUUUUACACAAUAAUAAACGAUACUAUUAUACUAAGACCUCCCAUUAUACCACAAUCGGCUGUGGAGCUAUUAACGGCUGCACAACGCUGCUGAUGAUCAAGUUGCUGCCAAAGUGUGGACGAAGGCCGUUGCUGCUAGGAUCUAUAUUAGCGGCUGCUAUUUGUUUAGCUGCACUAGCUGUAUCUAUAAGAUUUUUGGACGCGAUCUCAGGAAUGCCUUACGUGUGUAUGGCUGCAGUGUUCGCGUACGUACUCGCUUAUGGCUUCGGACUCGGGCCCAUCCCGUACUUCAUUGCUUCAGAAAUGUUCGAAGUACCCCCUCGCAGCGCGGGCAUGGCGUGGGGCUCGCUGGCCAACUGGGCCGGCAACUUCCUCGUCGGGAUGACCUUCCCCGUCGUAAGGGACGCCAUUGGAGCGUAUUCCUUCAUCAUCUUCUCCGCUGUCACUUUUGCACUCUUCGUGUUCCAGAGAUUGUACUUCCCUGAGACGCGCGGCAAGACUCCACUUCAAGUCUCGCAGCUCUGCAGCCGCGGCUUCCGCUCACGCCCGCUCUCCCGACAAAGCGUCUGACGUAGUACCACUUUAACCUAAUACUUAUUACCUGUGGAAUAGUAAAUUCUAAGUAAAUUCGUGUCCAUGUUUUGUCGUAACUGAAUUGUUGAAUUUCUUAUAAUGUACAUCUAUAAUCAGCCUUCGAGCAACACCGGCUUCCGACACUAUAUCUUAUCGUACAAAUUGGUUCUGCCAUUUUUUGCGGGGGGAAACGUACAGUCUCACUUCUCACCCACUACACACCAAAUCCAAUCUGAAAUGACAACACAAAUACAUAGAAAAUGACACACGUCAAUGACAAAUCUUGCUCGAUGUCUUUCUGCGUACGGACGAGUCACAAGUGUCACAACACGCACCGCGCUAUGCCCAGUUGGGCAUGUGCUUCGGCAGAGGGGAAAUAGCGUGAAUGCUCUCUUUCUGGUGUUGCUCGAAGACUUCAGCUGCCUUUGAGGCAAGAGUUCUUCUUAGCCAUUAUUCCUCUACUAUGUUUAUCACUUUUUGCUUCGACUAAAGCUCAAAACGUAUGCUGUGUGUGAAUUUUGAACAUUGUUUAGGUUAUGUACAUAUCAUGUACUUCCGUUAUUUUAAUUACGACGUAGACGAAACCAGACAACUUGAAAUAGGGAUUGUCAAAGUAAAAUUUGUAGCCACAGUAAAUUUACUGCCAUCUUUCGACACAUGAUUAAACUUUUAGAACGCUAUUUGACUUUGAUCCUUAUUCUUUCACUGAUAUGUGUUAAAUAUCACAAAGUGGCGCCAUCUACUAGAGCAUAGGCCAAAGAUUAUAGCGCCAUCGCUCGAAAGAAAUUUACUGUGGCUACAAAUUCUCUAUUUCAAAUUCUCCUUGGCGACACUUAGAGAAAAAAUAUUCAAGCAGCAAAGAUAGCAGUUGAUGGCGCUCUACACCUCCUAGAUCAUGCACUAUCAUUGACAUAAAUUUUACGCGACUUUCCGCCUAUGGUAAUAGUUCAAUAGACGUACCGACAUGUAAGAGCAGAAAUAUAAUAAAAUGGAACUAACCAAAUUCCAUGCAGAAUUGUUGCCAUGUUUAAGCAUUUAACGCCAAAAAUGUGACAGUUGCGAAGAAAGUGGCGCCCUCAUUUAUUUUCUACUCUUUCAUGUGGACUGUACUGGCUUCCUGUGCUUAUCAAUACAAUCUGACUUUAAUUGUAAUCUCUAAUUACUUUAAUAAUGUACUUAAAUGUUUUGUG